GUCUUUGAGAAGAGCUGUGCGGGCUGUCACAGUGGAGGGGGCAACAUCAUCAGGCGGGACGCCACCCUGCAGCUGGGCGACCUCGAAAAGUAUGGGGUGGCUGACACACAGGCGUUGUACACCGUCAUCUACGGCGGGCGGGGUAGCAUGCCCGGGUUUGGCCUGGAUUGCGCUCCCAAGGGCGCCUGCACCUUUGGCCCCCGUCUGGCGGACGAGGAAAUCAAGGCGCUUGCCGAGUUUGUGCUGAGCAGCGCUCAGAGUGGGUGG